AUGGCAGGCAGCGCCCCGAAAUGGACGGAGGAGCAGAUCGCUUUCAUUAUGGCGCAGAGCAUUGCGGGAACCAAGAACUCAGAGAUCGAGAACAAGGUGAAAGAGAGAUGGGCAGAGAGAGCAGUAGGAAAAGGGGCAAUCGCGGGCUUGAUCAGGCGUCAAAACAAACCCAAAGCCAAUACCGGACGCUCUCGAGAGAGCUCAGUCGCUGCCUCGUUGCGAUCUGAAGCCCGGGAGUCCACCAAGGCUACCAAGCCGCAGCCACAAGAUAUCUCACCUUCACUUCCAGAGGCACCGCAAGUUCAGGAUCCGGCUCCAGCCAGCACAUCCCCGGCCACCGCGCGAUUCUCGAACUCGAACUCUGGAACCUCACCAGAAGUUUUUAAGGCACAUGAUACUCCAGAGACUCCUGAUGCCUCGCCCCAGCUCCCUCCCAAAUCACACCCACGAUCUCCCCCAAUUCCUGGACUUGACAAUCGUCAAAUUGAAGUCAAUAGCAGCCCAGUAUCUAGCCUGCCUUCUUCCCCGGUUGUCCAAAGAACUACGAGUCCAGCUCCUGAGGCCGAAAGAUACGGAGCCGAGAACCGAGCGAGCAGUACUUCCCCAUCGUUACCUCCUCUGUCUUUCACAAUCCCCUCAAUUUCAGUCACAGGUGCUGCCACAAGAGAGCUUAUCGACGAGGAAGCCGAAGCCGACAUCAAGGAGAUUUCUUUAGCAGCACCACCUCACGAAGUCCCUGAAUCAGCCCAGCCGCCAUACGAUUCCCUGGUCCCAGGAUCGGUGAAUCCAAGCCUGUCACGCGAAGUUGGUUCCCAAGCCACCGUACCAAAUUCACCUGUCAGCGCGAACGAGCCAAAAAAGGAGCCAAGCUCUAGCGCCGAGAAAGCUGCCCCCACCAUCGUCGAAGAAACCUCACCAGCACCACUCCUUGCUUCUCUCGAGGAGACAGACCGAGAGAUUGCUGACUCCUUCAUCGAAGACUCAUCGGUCAACAUACAAGCAGAGCUUCCAGAGCCAGAGCAGCCUGCUGAAGAAGAGCGAGCAGCAAAGAGAGUCAAGACCAGCCACGAGCCGAGCGAGUUCGAGAUUGACAUCGAAGCAGAGAUCGAACAGCCCGAGUCUACCGACAAGAUGGAAGUUGAGACCAAGAUGACCCAAGCUUCAGACCUCUCUCCUCAAGCCACUGCCUCCACCACCGUCCCUGACCUCCGCACCACCACCAAAAACAACGAAACGACCCGAUCCCCAUUCCCGUUCUCACCCCCAAAGAUGAUUGUUCCGCAGGCAACCCCCAUCAUGCCAGUGGUGGGCGGCACCCUCUUCGACUCCCUCGGCUCGGAGAUCGUCCACUUCAUCGUGGGCCCCAAGCGAAAAGACUGCCCAAUCCACACCAACCUCCUCACCCAAGCCUCCCCUUCCUUCAGCCAGCUCCUGGAACUCCAGACUCCGGUCCCAGGCCGCGCCGAGUACGCUCUUCCAGACUCCGACUCUGACGCCGUCGCCUUCGUCUUCAACUACCUCUACCGCCAAGCCGUCGACCUCUUCCCCGGCAUCAACGCCCCCGGCACUCUCGAGCAGCGAGGAUCCGACGACGACGACCACCACCACCACGGCUACGACGGCUACGCCGAGUUCACCACCGCCGUGGCAAGAGCGAUCGAAGUUUACAUCCUCGCUGACACGCUCAGAAUGGUGCACCUCGCCGAUACGGUGAUUACCGCCUUGGGAGAGGCCUACCGCCAAGGCAAGACCUACCCAGCCGCCGCCGACAUCGCCCUGGUCUACGCUCGCUCCCCCGCCGGAUCCCGCCUCCGCAAGUUCAUGGCCCGCUGCUACCAGGUGCUCGCCGAUUUCGAAGACGCCGAUAUCGAGACCGCUGGCUGGUCGCCCACCGAAGUCCACCGACUGAUUUCCGAGGUCCCGGAGCUGUUUGUCGGUAAGCAUGAGCGACCCAUAGUCGAUAGAAACAACCCCCCUCCCCCCUCCCCCCUCCCACCUUUUUCUUUCCCUUUCCUAGUGUCCCAGGUGUAUUUUUACUCCUUGAUAUAUCCCCAACACAUCCAACAGCGAACGAUGGCUAACCUCGCGACCACCAGACUGGAGAGCUUUGAACCGCAAGAGCAAGGCCUUGGAGUCGACGGAGCUGAGCGCCGAUUUGGUGUACAUGGGGCGAUAAGCAUGGCCAUUCCCGCAUCUUCUGCUAAGCUUGAUCAUGGCGUUCAGGGUGACUGGAUGGAUGGAUAUGCUUCGCAGGAUAGAGCGGCAUUGUGUCUCUCGCGAAGCCCCGGACACUAUUCGGUUCUUCGGAUAUGGACAGACUGGUAG